GGAACUCGGCUAGUGCAGCACCCCUCAUACCCCCCACCCCCUCACCAUGUUAUUGAUCACCAUGUCGGUGUAGGAGGAAAACAAAACUCUUAACAACCACCCUGUUCCGAAACGGAGUCUUUAAAAUGGCAGGCGAGGAGGAGAGGGGGGUGGUUCGUGUCAAAGUCAAGAAAUGUGACGGGGUGCUUCCUGUGGAGUUUCGCUCUUUUGCUGUUGAUCCUCAGAUAACAUCACUGGAAGUCCUGCAGCACAUACUUAUCAGAGCCUUUGACUUGAAUGGGAAGCGGAACUUCGGGAUCAGUUACCUGUCUCGAGAUCGGAGUGGUGCUGAAAUGUAUCUGUCUCUGCUGUCUGACUGGGAUUUGGAUGUUGCUUUUGUCAGUGCAGCCAAACCAUAUCUACAGCUCAAGAUGGACAUAAAGCCUUCAGAAGACAGUCCUGUUAUGGAAGACUGGGACAUCAUAAGCCCCAAAGAUGUGAUUGGCUCUGAACAGCUUCUUGCAGAGAGGACUAAAUCUUUGGCAUCUGCAGCUCUUCCCUUCACCCAGUCUCUACUGUCCCAGGUGGGCCGCACCCUGUCCAGAGUCCAGCAAGCCUUCACCUGGUCUUAUGGAGAAGAGAUUAAGCCUUUCAAGCCCCCUCUGAGCGACGCUGAGUUUCACAGUUACCUCAAUGGACAGGGCCAGUUGACACGACCUGAGGAGCUUAGGCUGCGCAUCUACCAUGGUGGUGUGGAGCCUUCACUGCGCAAGGUUGUUUGGCGGUACCUCCUGAACGUCUACCCUGAUGGACUAAGUGGGCAGGAGAGAAUGGACUACAUGAAGAGGAAGACAAGGGAAUAUGACCAGCUGAAGAGAGAGUGGACAGCCAGGGUCAGCCACGAGGACCUUGAAUUUAUCCGUGGGAAUGUUCUUAAAGAUGUCCUGAGGACAGACCGGGCUCAUCCAUACUAUGCAGGGUCAGAAGACAGUCCACAUUUGACUGCCUUAACAGACCUGCUCACCACAUUUGCCAUCACACAUCCACAGAUAUCAUACUGUCAAGGUAUGAGUGAUAUUGCGUCCCCUAUACUUGCUGUAAUGGACAAUGAGGCGCAUGCCUUCAUUUGCUUUUGUGGCAUCAUGAAACGCUUGGAGGGGAACUUCCGGCCAGAUGGGCAGCUUAUGUCUAUCAAGUUCCAGCAUCUAAAGCUGCUUCUGCAGUACUCAGAUCCUGAAUUCUACUCUUACCUGGUAUCCAGAGGAGCUGACGACCUCUUCUUCUGUUACCGCUGGCUGCUUCUGGAGCUCAAGCGAGAGUUUGCUUUUGAUGAUGCUUUGAGGAUGCUUGAGGUAACUUGGAGCUCCCUGCCCCCAGAUCCUCCUGAAACUGAAGUAGAGCUUCUGGGACCACUAGUUGAAACCAGUGAAACAGUGUCCCUCAGAGACAAGGACAAGGCAGUUGAGAAUUGCCUCGGUGAUGAUAAGGAACAAAAAGAGAAGCAGCGUAGACGACAUAUGCUGAGACCGUCAAGAGAAGAGCCAGAUAUGAGCAGGAAUGCUGUCAUAAAAGAAAAGGGAAGCGAUGGCGAAUAUGAUGUUCCUCAAGUGACCAUGGAAAAGGCAGAUUUGGAGGCUCCUCCUUUUGAGAGGCAAACUAGUUUCGGGGAGUUUAAAUACUAUACUGCCCGGAAUGAAGAUAGCUUUCAUAUGGAGGAUGCUGAGCAUCCACAGGUCUUGGUGUCUUCAAAGCCAGUAACAAGCAUCCCAAGGCGCCAGUCCACAGUUGACAGUGAGGAGGAUCCAGGAGAGAGAACACCUCUCAUAAAAAACUGUGACAGUGGUUUCUCUCCAGGAUCAUCCCUUCCUCUCUUCCCUAGUGGCCUACCAAUCUGGAAAAAUAGCCCAUCUGGCUCUCCCACAUCUUCAGCUUCACCCUCCAGCUGGCCAGGUGCUUCUCCAGACUCUCCUCCAAAAUCCCCAUCCCCAACCAAUGGAAGUGAGGCCUCUCCAAGAACUGUCCCAAAAGUUUUGACCUCCUCUGCCCAAGUGCUCAACAGUACAGGGAUUAACUCACCUACGACCCCCACUGUAAAAACAUCUGUUGCGUCUCCAACCCACAAUCAGAAUCGAUCCCUGCUCUCUUCACCCAUUUUGUCCUUUGGAAGAGGCCCCUCGCCGUCUGGCAGCAGGUCGUCCUCCAACAAUCUCCUUUCACCUGGAAGCAAAUCCCCCAGCACCACAGCUAACACACCCAGUUCUUCAAAAGCUGACACCACCAGCAUCAAACCGUGUUCCUUGCCGCCUCCUCAAGAGUUUGGCAAAGGCAAUCCCUUCAUGCUGUUCCUGUGCCUGUCCAUCCUGCUGGAGCAUCGAGACCACAUCAUCAAGAACAGCUUGGAUUACAAUGAGCUAGCCAUGCACUUUGAUCGCCUUGUGCGUCGCCACAACCUGAGCAGGGUGCUACAGCGAGCCAAGGCCUUAUUUGCAGACUACUUGCAGAGUGAAGUGUGGGACUCAGAAGAAGGGGAUGAGGUUAGCUCGGACUCCCCAACAACAACUACCGCUGCUCAACACUCUCCCUCUUCAACCAUCUCUGCCAGGCCCAUUUACAGCCCUUUGGCAUCGCCUCAGUCAUCCUCACAGAACUCAACCUAUAACCUCGCAACCACCAUUCCCUCCCCAACAGGUCAAGUUUCCCUCUCUCCCACCUCCUGAUUCCAUCAUGCAUCAUUGGCUUCCCAUCCUCAAAGAGCUCCUCAGUAGACUGUGGCCCAUUGGAGGUGUACAUCUUUUUUAGAUAGCCUUAUAUAUUAAAUUGGUUUGGUACCAAUCUUCUCAUCCUGUGUAUGCUUGAAUACAUAUAUAUACCUUAUGUCUGUAAUCAUGGUAAUAUUUUAUUUUUUUCAUCAUUUGCUGUCUGUCCUGGGAAGAGAAGAUGAGGGAGCUUAGUUAUUCAUCAUAUCUAGAGGUUACUGAUGCAUGAAAUGUUAAAAAGGCAUUUAACCUGUGUUGUCCUUUUAUUUACAAGCUCCUGAUAUGUCUAAUAAGCCACAAAUGUGUCUUAACUAAAGCAAUCAAGCUACAUUAGUUAUAAACAGAACAGAAAACCCAGACUGUAAUUUGUUGUUAGUCUGUCACAGUGUAAACCGAAGGCAACACUUGUGAGUCAAAACAAGGCCAGCAUGCAUAUUGCACCUACCUAAUCCAGGGGUAAACCAUCAAUACAUUUACAUGGGGUUAUAAACUGUUGCUGAGACACUCUCAGCACUAGAAAAAAAACUUUCUGAAGAUGUAACACACUACUGAACAACUAUUCUUCCCCUAAGAUUUCAAUAGGUAGCCAUGUGUGACCAUAGACUGGAUUUAAGGAUGGACAAUAUGUCUACACUCAUCCUACUGUGCAAAAAUGACACCAAAACAUCUUGGAUACGUCAUCUGCCAUCUUGCACUGGUGAAGUCAUUUAGAGUCAGAGUCUGCACAUUAGCAAUUUCCAUGGUGUCAAUUUCCUGCCCAUACACCUGUCACACCCAGUCAAGAGCAGCACCAGUGGUCGAAACACACCAAUUGGCACACACAACUGGCAAUCCUGACAUCAAAUGGCCUUUUUUUUAGCAUGAAAUAACUAAUAAAUCUCAGAGCAACUUAGAGAGUGCCGAGGUCACAAAUGGGGCUAGCGAUGUCCCAGUUAGUGAUGUCUAAAGGGUAUUUUGCCUUUGACAGCAAUCUAAAACCUCUGCUAUGAUGUUAUUAAUUGCAAUGUGAAUUGAAGUAUGGAAUACUUGAACAGUUUAACCCAUAGAGAGAAGUAUAGCAGCAGUUUUCUGACCGAAAAAAUGAAAGGAAGUGAGACCUCUGGCAGGAUGACAAACUAUCUUGACACCUUGACUUGAUACCUUCACCCAAUUACAAACUGGAUUAAGAAACCUGCCAAAUAUUUAAAGGUGAAAUCCAAUAACUUCACACAGGAAGUCCUACUCACCCUGUGAAUUAAGUGAAUAAUGCUGCAGUGGCCCAUACAUUCCCCAACAUAAAGAUUACCAUUCAUACCAUUUAUGUUUUAUGCUGUAGAUGAGCCAAAAUGACCUUAUAUGUCCUCUUAAGCCUAUUGUCUUGUUGCCAUUAGCUUGAUAUUUUUGCCAUUUCUGCUAUCACCAAAACAAAACUUUCUACAUGUUUAAUGAUGCUUAAAUGAUUCAAUUGCUUACUGCUUCUGUAUAAAAGAAGUUACACGAUCUGUUUUCUCCCAGGGUGCACUAUAGGUAAGGUGAGAUCGAGGGGACAUGAAUGACAGUUUUUUUUAGGCCUCCAUACAAACUUAAAUCACCGAUUUUGGGUUGGUGCAAUGAGUUGGUGUCACUGGUAAGUUGACACAGGAUGGUUAAUUUUAGCUAAAUAAUUCUUAUAUAUUCACAGGUGUCUCUUUAAAAAUAUUUUUGUUAUUGCUCAUUUGUUUUUGUUUUUCAACUGUGAGUGUCACUCAGCCAGUCAGUUAUUCAUGGAAUUAAGGCUUAUAGAUCCAGUCAGUGGUACAUAGCGAGGGUCUCCAUAGUUAAAGCAGGACAAAGCAGCUGAUCAUUUUUGUUUGAUGACAACACAGAAAACAGUGAGAUCUAACCCCAGGGGCCGUACACAUGGCGCAUUUUUUAUUGUUUUUAAUGUAGAUGCGCGGCUGCUGCGCUCAAACGCAAAUGCGACACUGUCGCAGCGCGCGCGCACUCCCAAGCGCCUACUUGUCAGGGCACGAUGGCUGCGAUGAAGAUCAGCUCUGCACUCAGGAUUUCAAGUAAAUAUGCUAGGUUAUGGUGCUUGUUGCGGUCGCACAGCCAUCACUCCCUGAAAAAUAGGCACUGGGGAAUGCAUGCAUGUCGCGACAGCGUCGCAUUUGCGUUUGAGCACAGCUGCCGUGCAUCUACAUUGAAAACUGAAUUUGAAGGCGCAAAGCGGAGCAUGUGUAUGUCACCUAACACUCUGAGGGUAUGUGGAUGCAGUACUGUAAAACACACAUUGGUGUCGAUCUGCAUUUUAUAGACACCAUUGUGUUGAUAUAGCCUAUUGUAUGUGCUGGAUUCAUACAUUCAAACUACAACAGUAAAGCAAGUACUGUGCAUUAUUUAGUGCUUUGUAGCGUCAUCAUUCAGAGAGGUAUUAUUUUAGGUAUUUGGUCAUGAUGUUUUUGAAAGACUUUUUGUUAUGUUUUGUGUUAUGAUUUCAAAGACACCCUGGGUUCUCUUUGUCUAAAUGAGGCUAAUUAAUGCACAACUGCAGGCAUCACAUAUUGAUGGUUUUUAUACUUGCUUUGUGUUGUUGCUCAUGAGAAGGAAAUAACUGACUCCUGGCUGUGUAACUAUUAUCUUUACCACUGAUUCUUCAGUGUGUUUGACAUUGUAAAGUGGAAUAUGAUAUAUUGCCACUUGACACGGCAAAAAACAUGAGUCUUUGUGCAACCGUUUGGCAGAGAAGUGCCUCAUUUGUUUGACUCAGUAGCCUUGAUUUAUAUUUUCUUUUGUGCUCUUAACAUCAGUGUACAUUAUGUUGUCAUAGGGACUGAUUUAAAGGCCAGCUAUAGGGCUGAGUGAUAUUAGAAUCAAAUGGUUUAUUGACAGACAUUGUUAACAUGUGGGGCAUCCUGAUGCUAGAAGUGUUUGGCUCUGGCUGGUGUGCUUGGACUCGCCUCUGAUUGAUUUUAAGAGGAGUUCGACUAGAUCAUAUCAGUGAUGCACGCAUGGUAUUCACUGCAGAGAAAAAGCUAGUUUUAACCAUUUAAGAUAUAUUGCGUAUCUAACCAAGUUAUGGAUCAUGACAUGAUACACAUCUUAAUGUCUCAUUGACUUUUGUUCCAAGCUCAUUUCUGCAAGCCGAAGAGAAAAAUUUGGAAUGCUUAUUUUCAUUUUUAGUCACUGAGUCAAAAUGAUGAUAUAUGUACUCUGUAGCAUCGCAGAGGGAAUGGAAAAUCAUUCAAACAGGAUUUAUGUUUUCAUAGAUACACCUCUUGAUUUUGUAAUUGUACUCCCAGAUCCCCAAGUUUCAGGGUUUUUCAGACCUGAAAAAGUCAUGGAAUUAGUCAAAAUCAUUGAACGUUGUGGAAAAGUCAUGGAAUUUUGUCAUUUAAAAUGAAAUUGUUACAAUAAUCUUCAGUUGAUAACCAUCCACAUAAUGUAAGUUAAUAGGAAAUUAAUUUUCUGUAGCUGAAGACGUAGCGUGGCUCUAACAUAAGGCGAUGUGUUAGUGUUUUGCUUACUAUGGAGUAUGUUUCAUCUUGUAGUCCUUGGGUUCGUCUCUCCCUUCCAGUAUGCCAGCUAGCUAAAAUUAAUCUGAAUAGGGUUAGAAUCUGAUGUUUGAAAAACACAGGGCAAGACAAAAAAAAAAAGUCUUUGUUAUGGGUCCUUUAAAAGUCAUGAAAAAGUUUGGAAAUGUUGUCCAUGAAAAUAUGAGGGAACCCUGAUGUUUUCUCCCUCAUUGCUGAUGCUUCGGAUCUCAGCACAGUUCAGUUGUGUAGGAAUUUUUGGGGUCAUGGGAAUACAAGAACAAUAUCAGACAGUGUAUCUUAAAAUUGUCAAAUUUUUUGUUUGUUUUUCUCUGCAUUGUUUACCUUCAGACUUUAUUCAUGGUUUUGAGAGGCCUAUAUUAUGUAUAUUCUCAGUAGUCUGUAAUGCAGAAGGUUGUACAGGAAGCGAGAUUGCUCCACCUCCAAUAGGAGAAUCCCUCUUUGACAAGCGCUUCUGUUUUAAGCAGAAACUAAAGUAAUUCUCAUGUCUUUAGAAAGACCCUUGUGAUUAUUGUGGUUAUUACUCUUACAUUUGGUUUCGCCACCUUUUGUAAAUCAGUAUUUAUUAGCAUAUUUAAAAAGAACUGAAGUAACUGGACUGGCUGGACUAUGAGCUAGCAAUAUGUGCAUUUGUAAAAAAGAAAAAAAAGAUUUGUUUAUUUCAUUAAGUUAUAUUUGUGCACAAAAGUUAAACUUUUUAAUCAUACACCACACAACAAUGUUACUGAUUGUAUAUCGGAUACAAAUAAAUAAUCAAUGCAACUGAUUGUUCUUUUGAAUUGACUGAAAAUGAAAGCAUGAAAGCUGGGCUUGGUAUCUUCAUCUUCUAACCGCUUCAUCCUCUUGAGGGUUGCGGGGGGGCUGGAGCCUAUCCCAGCUGACAUCGGGCGAGAGGCAGGGUCAUGGGUGCAGAUCUGAUGACAAGUUUGGGGGGGACACAAUCAGUUGUGAUUUUUUUUUUAAUUGCACGCAUGCAAAUCAUGCCCACAGAGCGCUUGAGAUUGCCAGCAUAUUUCACGAUUUCAUAGAGGCUCAUCACCAUCACCAAGUCAUUCAAAAUGCACUACAAAGAGAAUCAUAUGCUUACCUUUACUGUUUAUUUCUCUUAAACAGCCAGUAGUACAUAGAACCAGCCAUCACCCUCCUUUUCACUGCUUCGCUGUUAGUUAAUGCUACUUCUAGUUUCAGGGUCUCAGGCAUGUUAUGUCCACUCAUGUUCUCAUCUCUCGCCUCUCACGGAUUCCCAUUUCUCCUCAUCAUCUUCCCUUUCUCCCAGUAUAUAGGACUACUGUAUACAUUUGUUCAAUUUCAAUCAUUUAAGCUAAUUAGAAUUGGGGGGGACAAUUUGUGUUUUUCAGAAUUUGGGGGGGACAUAUCCCCCCCGUCCCCCCUGGGAUCUGCACCCAUGGGCAGGGUACACCCUGGACAGGUCGCAGGGUUGACACAU